UUCAUUCAAUAGAGAGUUCCCCUCGCGAGAAGAAGCACAUGGUGAAGUUCAAUGUUUUUCUGUGAUUUUUUCUAUAGUGAUUGGAUUUAUAAGUAGGAAACUUGUACUGGCAGAUAAAUUAAGCUUUAAAUUAACUCCCUCAGCAAUAUGAGGCGAGGAAUCCUUGACAUUCCAUGGAUAUGCACCUGGUUAAUCGUUGCAGUUUUUCUUGUGUCAACGAGGGGUACAAAAAUUUCACUUAAAAGUAAACAAAGAACAGUGCGAUCCCCAGAGCUACCAGUGUCCUGUCAGUUUAAGUGUGAUGAUGGCUCAGAUUGUAUACCAGAGUCUUGGACUUGUGACCAAACUGCUGACUGUGUGGAUGGUAGUGAUGAAAAACAGUCAAAAUGUAACAAAAGAACAAGAAGGUCCACAGACAAUGUACAACAUGAUGUCCAGGAUCUGUUGCCAUGUCAACCAAAUUAUAUGCGGUGUCCGCAAGAAGAAGUAUGCAUUCCAGUUGAUAAAUUCUGUGAUAGAUAUAAUGACUGUCCCAUUCAUAAAGGGGACGAAGGAUCUUUUUGUACACAAAUCAAACCAGAUCCCUGUGAUAGUUUAAAUUGUUCCGACUGCCAAAUUAGUGUAUCAUCUUAUGAAUAUGACCAGCCAUCAACGAAAUGCUGCAAAGUUGUUCCCAAAAAUGGUCAUCCUGUUCCAGUGUGUUUCUGUGAAGACUCUAAAACCAUAAAAAAUUCUACAUGUGUUGAUUUUAAUGAAUGCGACUAUCCUGGCUACUGUGACCAAGGUUGUCAACAUAAAAAUGAGGCCUACUUGUGUAGCUGUGUCAGUGGUUACAAACAAGAUAAAAUGGGUCUGUGCCAUGCAUUAAAUGAGCCCAGUGGACUGGUACCCACCUUGCUGAUAGCAGAUUUUAGAAGUAUGAAACAGUUGCAAAUGAAUGGAUCGAGAGGAAGGUUACCUGUUUUUCCAGGAGAAAACAUAGUUGCUGUUGAUUUUGAUCAUAGGAAACAAGAGGCCUGUUGGCUUGCUUUAGAUAUAACAACCAUUAAUUAUCAAAUGAGAUGUGCCAAUUUGGACACUAAAAUUAUCAUAACAAUGGAUACCACAGAAAUACCAUAUGGAAUGAUAAAACAGAUGACAAAAGACUGGAUAACGGGUAACUGGUAUUUUAUGGAUACUUACAAUCAUCAGAUCAUCUUAUGUAAUCCUGCAUCACGCUUCUGUCGUAGUAUUAUCCAGACUGAAUUUGACAUACCAGCUGCCAUGACAAUAGAUCCAACACAAGGAUACUUGUUUUAUGCCCAAUAUGAUGACAGCCGUGGAAGUUCAACUAUUUUUAGAACCAAAUUAGACGGAAGUGAUAAAACUCCAAUAGCCGACAGCAAACUAGUUAAAGUGACUAGUAUGACUUUAGAUUAUGCCAACCAGCACCUCUACGUGGUGGAACAAGAUGUUAUUUUUAGAAUAAACUAUGAUGGGAUGAUGAGAUAUAAAAUAUUCACAAAUCUUCGUGUCAGGAAAUUAGAAGAUAGAAUACAUGAUUUAUCAAGCAUAUCACUACUAGAAAACUACCUCUAUGUGACAACUCUUGAUGAGCCAAAACGACUUGUUAAAAUUCAUCGCUAUGACUACUCUGUUGCUGCUAUGGAGAUAAAAAAUGACCUUGUGCAACCACAUCAAGUUCAUGUAUAUCAUAGACAAAGGCAACCUGAUCUACCAAAGGGAACAACUAAUCCAUGUUUAAGCACUAAAUGUACCCAUCUGUGUGUUUUGGAUUGGAACAACGACACUGUGUCAGCUAAAUGUUUAUGUGAAGCAGGUUACAAAAUGAAUGCCAAAGGAAACUGCACAUAUGACAAAGACUGUAAAGGAAAAAAUGAUCCAAGCUGUAUUGUUUCUGAGAAUUGUUCUGAGGAACAAGUACGAUGUCCAGGAGGGAGAUGUAUACCUAAGAGUUGGUGGUGUGAUGGACAGGGGGACUGUGACGGGGAUGGAGACGAGGCAUAUUGUGACAAUACGAUGUGUAGCGUUACACAAUAUACAUGUGAUGAUGGACAAUGUAUUGACUUGGAAUUUAAAUGCAAUGGUAUGGAGGAAUGUAAGGAUCACUCAGACGAGUGGGGAUGUCCAAGUUUUUGUGAUGAAGAUACCGAGUUCCAGUGUUUAAAUGAUACAAAGUGUUUACCGAUAAUCUUCAGAUGUGACGGGGAAGAAGAUUGUGCAAAUGGAUCUGAUGAAAAAAACUGUAGAGAUCUUCCCAUUCCAGUGGGCACAUGUAAUGAUGAAAACGAAUUUAGAUGUUCUGAUGGGAUGUGUAUACCAGAGAAGUAUAAGUGUGAUGGAGACCAAGAUUGUGCUGAUGAUUCUGAUGAGCUAAACUGUCGUGAUGUUACUGUUCAGUGUCUUGAUCGUAUUGAAUGGAAGUGUGAAAAACACAACAAAUGUAUACCUAUAGCUUGGAAAUGUGAUAAAGAGAAGGACUGUCCCGACGAUUCUGAUGAGAAACUUUGUGAUGUUGAAUGUGAUUCUCCUAACUACAGAUGUCCAGACGAGUUGGUCUGUCUGACACCAUUUCAACUGUGUGAUGAUAAAGCAGAUUGUACAGACAAAAGUGAUGAGGGAAACCAUUGUAGUAAUGCUACACUGUGUGAAAAUUCCGGUUGUACAAACUGCUCUAAGACGCCAUGGGGACCAAUGUGUGUGUGUGAGCCAGGGUAUAUACUAAGCUCAGACAAUAAAACUUGCAAAGCACUUGUAACCAGUAAAUGUUCACAGUGGGGUGUUUGUGGACAGUUAUGUACUGAGGACCGUUCAGAGAGGGGAUACCAUUGUAAUUGUUCCUCUGGUUUCCUAUUGGAGAAAGAUGAAUACACCUGUAAACCAGAAAAAGAAACAGUAUACAUUAUUUUCUCCAACAGACAUGAGAUGAGACGAGUCGACCUUGAUAAUUUUAAUUAUGCAUCAUUAGUGUCAGGGUUGCGGAACACAAUUGCCCUAGAUUUCUACUACGCGGAAGGUUGGAUUUUCUGGACUGAUGUGGUAGAUGACAAAAUAUUUAGAGGGAAGAUUUUAUCCAAUAGUUUUACACAGAUCAAACCAAUCAUAGAUGUUGGCCUGGCUACUACAGAGGGACUAGCUGUAGACUGGAUUGGAAAGAACAUCUACUGGGUAGAGAGUAACUUGGAUCAAAUAGAAGUAGCAAAACUUGAUGGGUCCAAUAGAACUACUCUAAUUGCAGGCAAUAUGAUAAGUCCCAGGGCCAUUGUAUUGGACCCCAGAGUUGGGUCAUUAUUUUGGACAGAUUGGGAUGCUAAAUUUCCAAGGAUAGAGACCUGUUCCAUGGCUGGAGAGAAAAGAAGAACGAUUUUCAAUAUCUCUGGUAUUAUAGGAGGAGGAUGGCCAAAUGGGCUGGCCAUUGAUUACGACUUCAAGCGUUUAUACUGGAUUGAUGCUAGGUCUGACUCUAUCCAUACAAUAGAUUAUAAUGGAGCUGACCACAGAUUGAUAUUAAAACACCACGAGGGAAUGCGACAUCCCUUUGCAUUAACACUGUUUGGGAAUUAUGUAUAUUGGACAGACUGGGGAACUAACUCACUUAUGAGGGCUAACAAAUUCAAUGGAUCAAAUGUGACCACCAUUCAACAAACAAUGACACAGCCUUUUGACCUUCAAGUCUACCACCCCUUACGUCAGCCAGAGAUGCCAAAUCCCUGUGAAAAUAAUGGCAACUGCUCUCAUUUAUGUUUGAUUGGCUAUGACCAGGUAGCCAAAUGUCUCUGUCCUCAUUUGAAAAAGCUCAACGACGAUGGCAACACAUGUAUAGCUGAUAACAAGUUCUUACUGUUCGUAAGAAGUAGUAUAAUUCGUGGUGUGGAUCUGGCUAAUGCUAACUUCAGCGUCAUACCAACAAUUACUGUUCCACAUGUGGAUAGGCCUACAGCUGUGGAUUACGAUGCUAAGGAAGGAAAGCUUUACUGGGCAGACAGAAAUUUAAAUGUCAUCAACAGUGCUAAUAAUGAUGGAUCUAAUGUGGAGACCAUUAUUGAUUCAGGUAUUUCCAACCCAGAAGGAUUUGCAAUUGAUUGGAUGUCUGGGAACAUGUACUUUUCAUCAUUUGCCUAUGGUGGAAACAAGGCCAGCAUUUCUGUUGCCAAGCUAGAUGGAGCCUAUCGUGCAAGAGUUGUGAUGACUGGUCUUACCAAACCUAACUCCUUAGUAGUAUUUCCAAGCCAAGGGUUGAUGUUCUGGUCAGAUGUUGGAAAUAAAUCAAACCAUGCUAUUUAUAGAUCCAAGAUGGAUGGUAGUAAUGUUAAAACUAUCAUAAACCACCUCCAAAUGCCAGCAAGUUUAAAAUUAGACGUGAAGACAAAACGACUGUAUUGGGUUAACAGGGGAAACAACUCUAUCAUGACUUGCAAUAUAAAUGGCUUAUCAUGUCGUAUGAUAAAAAACAGCAAAAUAACCAAACCAUUAGCCUUAACCUUGACAGCAAAAGGAAGGUUAUAUGUAGCUAAUGAUGAUGAAGUGAUAUCCAUGACAACAACAGGGGACAAUUAUCUAUUGUUACGAGACAAAACCCCUGAAAUAGAAGCAAUGCAGGUUUAUGACAUGGAUAUGAGGAAAGAUAGAAUAAACAAUUGUACCAACAACAAUGGAGGGUGUUCACAACUGUGUUUACCAACAGGACCUGGCAGCCACGUUUGUAAAUGUACUGCUGGAUUCAGACUGAUCAAUGGCACAGAAUGUACAGGAAUUGAGUCUUUCCUUAUGUAUGCCACAGAAACUGAAAUACAUGGUAUACAGUUUAAUGAUGAACAGAAAGCAGAGGCAUUACCACUCAUUUCUAAAAUAUCAAUGGCCAAAGCUAUUGAUUUUCAUGCAGAAGAUGACCAUAUAUACUGGAUGGAUAGUAAGACACAAUCGAUAUCUCGUAUUAGACGUGAUUUAAUGGAACGGAAAAUAAUUGUUGAUGAUGAUAUGGGUUCUAUUGUAGAUAUUGCUGUUGACUGGAUUGCAGGUAAUGUGUAUUGGGUUGAUGAAGGUCAUGACGUUAUAGAAGUGGUCAACUUAAACAGGAGUAGUCUGCGUUAUGUCAUUGUUCAUGGAGACGGAGAAAAACCAAAGGAGAUCGUUAUUGAUCCUGUGAAAGGGUAUAUAUACUGGAUAAAUUAUGCUGAGCAGAAAUAUGCAAUUAUGCAAGGUCGAAUGGAUGGCUCGCAACAAAGGGAGCUAAUCACUUCAUCAGAAAUGGAACUUAAACAUUUAACGAUAGACUACCAUGAUAAUUGCCUGUAUUGGUGGGAUGCUGUCAGUAAAAAAAUUAUCAGAUACAAUAUCAAUGCUGUAAAAAUUGAUACAUCAAGUUUUCCGAAAGUUGAUUCUUGUGUAGGAUUAACUGUGUACCAGGACCACAUAUAUUGGGCCCAGUUAGAGAAGAACAAAAAUAGUACAAUUAAAUUUGCCGACAAGCAUAAUGGAAGUGAUGUGAAAAUACUGAGAGAGAACUUAGGACUACAGAUCACCGACAUUAAGGCAUUUGACAAAAGUCUACAGGGACCUUCUGAACCCAAUACUUGUAGUAGUGGUCUGAAUGGAAGCUGUCAACAGCUGUGUUUCUAUACUGGUGGUGAUAUGCCAUCAUGUGCCUGUUCUUAUAGCAAACUGGGAAAAGAUAGACACACUUGUGAAGAUCAUGAUGCCUUUUUGCUGUAUUCUAAAGUGACAUCUAUAGAGAGUACACACAUGGAUGGAGGUAUCCAGCGACCGUUGUGGAAGAUCGAAAAUGAAAAUCAUAUGAAAAAUGUUAUUGGCAUGACUGUUGAUGUAGUCAACAAAAGAUUAUUCUUCAGCGAUAUUCAGCGUGGAGAUAUUCAACACGUUCAUUUUAAUGGCACAAAAUUUACUGUUGUAGUCGAUUCGGUUGGUUCAGCCGAAGGAUUAGCGUACAUGCAUGACAAUGAUAAACCAUACUUGUAUUACACAAGUUACACAAACUCGUCUAUUUGUCGUGUACUAUUAAAUAGCGACGGAACCAAGGCAGGCCCUGUACAGCCUGUGGUACAACUGGGAGCUAGUGAUCACCCCAGGGCCAUUGUACUGGAUGAGUGCACAAGGAGGAUGUUUUGGACAAAUUGGAAUGACUUGUCACCAAGGAUACAGAGGUCAACAAUGGAUGGUUGGGAUGUGGUAUCAAUAAUAACAGAUGAUAUCCGAACACCAAAUGGUUUGGCCAUAGACCACAAAGCACAGCGCCUGUACUGGUCUGAUGCAAGAUUAGAUAAAAUUGAGAGAUCUGAUUUUGAUGGAAAAAAUCGUGAGGUAAUAAUUACCACACUCCCCCAGCAUUCAUUUGGUCUGACCAUCUAUGGAGAUUUUAUAUAUUGGACUGAUUGGAUGUUAAGAGCUGUUGUCAAAGUGAAUAAAUAUGAUGGAAAUAUUCAUUCUAUGCUUCGAGACAAGCUAGACAGACAGCCUAUGGGACUUGCUGUCUAUGCUAAAGAUGCUGAAGAUUGUUCACAAAAUCCAUGUUAUGAAAAUGCUUUUGGUUGUUCUGAUCUGUGUCAUGUGAAAGAAACUGGACAAGCAUACUGUACCUGCAGUGAUGAUAAAUAUGUUCUGCUGAAUGAUUCAAAGACAUGUGUAUCUAAAGACGCCACAUGUUCAAAGACAGAUUUUGUGUGCCACGACAAACAAAAGUGUAUACCCAUGGUUGAGGUGUGUGACAAUGUUACCAACUGUUUGGAUGGUAGUGAUGAAUUUCCAAAUGUCUGCAGAAAAAUGCCCUGCCCAGGAGGAACAUUCAAAUGUGACAAUCACAAAUGUUUGGGACUCAAGCUCAGAUGCAAUGGUAUUAAUGAAUGUGGUGAUUACUCCGAUGAGUUCAACUGUACAUGUGACACGGAGACGGAGUUCAUGUGCAAUGAUAGAGCUUGUAUUCAGAAGUCAUUUGUCUGCGACAGAGAUAAAGAUUGUGUUGAUCACUCUGAUGAAAUUAAUUGUAAUUUGACAUGUGACAUUGAUUCAUUUGGUGACACAAAGGAAACUGUGAUACCAUGUAAUACAACAUCUCAGUGUAUUUUACAAAGUUGGAUCUGUGAUGGCACGAUUGACUGUUGGGACAGUAAUGAUGAGAAAAACUGUCCUGCAAGUGAAGAUUGUCCAGCUGGUAAAUUCCGUUGUCACAGUGGUAGUUGUAUACCAAAUAGUUGGAUGUGUGACACAGACAACGACUGUGGAGAUAACUCUGAUGAAAAAGAUUGUAAUGUAACCUGUGGGGACUUGUUUGCCUGUACUGAUGGAACAUGCCUCCCUAAAUCUUGGGAGUGUGAUGGACAUCCAGAUUGUCCAGAUAAAAGUGAUGAAACUAAUGGAUGUCUUACACCAAACAGAACAUGUAAAACAGAUGAAUAUAGAUGCCACAAUGGUCGCUGCAUAUCUAAUUCUUGGACAUGUGAUGGGGAUUCUGACUGUCCUGAUGGGGAGGAUGAAAAAGCUAAUUGUUCAUCUGUUUCAUGUGAAGCAAAAGAAUUCCGAUGUAACAACAACAAUUGUAUAAGGGAUAUAUUUUUCUGUGACCAUGACGACGACUGCGGAGAUAAUAGUGAUGAACCUGCAGCUUGUCCGUAUAAUAAGUGUAACACUACUGACGUUUUUGACUGUGGAGACAACACCUGCAUCGACAAGAAACUCCGCUGCAAUGGAUACCCGGAUUGUUCAAAUCAUGAGGAUGAGGAGAAUUGUCCGACAGUAGAACCAAAAACGUGUGAAGAAGGACAGUUCCUUUGCAAGAAUGGUGACUGUAUCCAUGACGACCUUGUUUGUAAUGGGAACAAUGACUGUGGUGAUUCGUCAGAUGAAUCAGAACAGUGUUAUGUCAAUGAAUGUCAGUUUCCACAUCCUGUGUGCAGUCAUACAUGUAAGGACACCAAGAUAGGGUACCAGUGUACAUGUCCACCUGGUUUCAUUCUGAAAGAUCAUCAUAUUUGUGAAGAUAUAGAUGAAUGUAGGAAGGAAUACCCUUGCUCACAUUUCUGUGUGAAUGAGGAAGGGUCAUACCGAUGUUAUUGUGCUGAUGGUUAUGUGUUGGAAUCUGAUAAACGAACAUGCAAAAUUCUAAACAAUGAAAAUAGGCCAUUUUUAAUAGUUGCCAACAGAAACCAGAUUUUGAAUAUGUCAUUUAGUGGCAGUUAUCAGAAAGUAAUUGUUAGUGAUACAGAGAAUGCUGUGGCUGUUGAUUAUGAUUUUAGAAGUAAAACUAUUUACUGGACAGACAUCACCAGUAAAAACAGCUGGAUAAGACGACUGGACUUAAGCAGUGAUGAUAAUAAGAUUGAAACUUUGCAUGAUGCAAGGCAUGUUAAGAAUCCAGAUGGUCUGGCAGUAGACUGGGUAGGACAAAACUUGUUCUGGUGUGACAAGACUGCAGAUACAAUAGAAGUGUCUCGUCUAGAUGGCAGCUACCGUAAAAUCCUGAUAGAAGAUGGACUUCAAGAGCCACGAGGACUGGAGGUGCACCCAUUACGAGGAUAUUUAUUCUACACAGAUUGGGGAGAUCAGCCUCACAUAUCUAGAGCACACAUGGAUGGAACUCAUAUUGAAAGAAUUAUAACACAGAACCUUGCAUGGCCUAAUGGCUUGACGAUUGAUUACGUGACAGAGAAAAUAUUCUGGUCCGAUGCAAGUUUGGACUAUAUAAGUAUGGCUGAUCUUGAUGGCAGUAAUCAGUUUGUUGUGAUCAAUAAAAACUUGCCACAUACCUUUGCUCUGACCACAUUCAUGGACUACAUAUUUUGGACCGAUUGGGAAUCUAAGAGUAUUAACAGAGCUCACAAGUUUUCUGGACAAGAUCGUACAACGAUUGUUAAGACAUCACACAGACCUAUGGAUAUACAAGUUUAUCAUAAAAUGAGACAGACAGAAGCACAUUUCAACCCAUGUCGUGUGAGAAAUGGUGGAUGUUCACAUUUAUGUUUACUUAAACCAUUUAUGGUGUCAUCAUUCAGAACAUCAACAUUUUUCCGAUCCGUAACCAGGGUGUGUGGUUGUCCAGAAAACUACAAGCUGGAUGGAAAUUACAACUGUGUACCAACUUGUAAUGAGCCAUUCCAUUUUGAAUGUAAAGAAAGUUCCAAGUGUAUACCCUCAUGGUGGAAAUGUGACAACUACACAGACUGUUUAGGAGGAGAAGAUGAAUAUAAUUGUACAAAGCCAUACUAUUGUCCACAGAGGGGUUAUUUCCAAUGUAAAGGUGCCACAGAUAAAAGUGGUUGUUUGCCGCCUGUGGACAUUUGUAAUGGCAUAGCAAACUGCAAGGAUGAAUCUGAUGAACAGCAGUGUGAUGAGUAUGAAUGUUUAAAGGGUUAUGUAAAAUGUCAAAAGGAAAACACGUGUAUACCACAGACACAUGUAUGUGAUGGAAACCAACACUGUAAAGAUGGUCAGGAUGAACACAAUUGCACUGCAAAGGAUUGUAAUCAUGACCAAUUCAAAUGUGAUGGCAAUAGAUGUGUUCCAUACAUGUGGAGAUGUGACCAUGACAAGGAUUGUUUAGAUGGUAAAGAUGAGCCGUCAGAGGAAGAGUGUAGGAAUACCAGAUGUCCAGAUGAUUAUUUCAAGUGUACGUCAGGACGCUGCAUCCCUGAUUCUUGGAAGUGUGAUGGGGAUAUAGAUUGUAGUCUUACAGACAAUAGUGACGAAAGAGGAUGUGAGAACAGAUCUUGUAGUGCAAGCCAGUUCAAGUGUGAUGACAACAACUGUAUACCUAAAGGCUGGAAGUGUGAUUAUGACCAAGAUUGUAAAGAUGGUAGUGAUGAAAAGAGCUGUGAAGAUAUAUAUGCUAACUGUACAACAGACCAGUUCCCAUGUACAAACAAGAAGUGCAUUCCUAAAUCUUGGCAAUGUAAUGGAGAGGUCAACUGUGAAGAUGGCAGUGAUGAAAGAGAGUGUGGUAAUAGGACUCAAUGCGGGGACGAUCAGUUCAAUUGUCAAACCAUGUGUAUACCUAAAAUUUGGAAGUGUGAUGGAGAUAUUGACUGUUCCAAUGGCAAUGACGAACAGAAUUGUACACUUUCAGACCAGUGUGAACCUGGACACUUCCAAUGUACAAACAAAGUGUGUAUUCCUGGACUCUGGAGGUGUGAUACAGAAGAUGAUUGCCAUGACAACAGUGAUGAAGAAUCGUCAAUGUGUAGAGAUUACACAUGCCCACCUGGUCGCUUCAGAUGUAAAAAUCAUAAGUGUAUUUUCAGUGACAAAAGAUGUGAUGGGAUAGACCAAUGUGGGGACAGAUCUGACGAGGAAAAAUGUUAUUUUGACAGUGUCUGUACAGGACAGAACUUCCAAUGUAACAGUACCAAGACAUGCAUUCCUGUGGACAAAGUUUGUGAUGGAAGGAUUGAUUGCUUCGAUGAUACCUCAGAUGAAAAUCAAGCUAUCUGCAAAAAAAUGGGACCAUGCAGUGAUGAUUUAAGAAGAAGCAGUAUUUGUCAACAGAAAUGUAUUAAUCUACCUUUCAAGGAUGGCGGUUACAAGUGUGCUUGUAAAGAAGGAUAUACCUUAAUGGAAGAUGGUUUCCACUGCCAAGUACAAGAUUUGUGUAAGAAGUGGGGCACAUGUUCACAGCUCUGUAGUCCCAAACAUAUGAUGGAGAUUUCUGCAGGUGUCCAUUGCUCUUGUGAUGAAGGUUAUGAGAAGACGAUGACAUAUAAUGGCACUAUGUCAUGUAUAGCGAAAGGUCAACAGCCAUUAAUUUUAGUUGCUAGGGAGAGUGUUAUUCUGCAGUCAGACUUGUUUGGAAAGACAGAAGAAAAAACAAUUGGAAAGGAGAGCAGUGAGAAAAUAGCCGGAAUUGAUGCUGACAUGACAGCUAGCCCUUGGUCACUCUUUGUUGUCAGUCAUUCCAACCACUCUAUAAGUAAAAUGACAAUCCCUAGCGCAAAGCCGGAGAAAGGGAAAGUAAAAAGGGCAGCUCAACCUGUACCAGAGGUUUUGCUUCAUGAUCUUGGAGACCCUCAUGGAAUAGCAGUAAACUGGGUUGCCAAGCAUAUUUACUGGACUGAUUCUCAUACACGGAAAAUAGAAAUGGCAAACUUUGAAGGCAAACAGCGUCGAUCUGUUAUUUCUUCUGCAUUGGAUCAGCCAUAUUCUAUUGUUGUACAUCCAGAAAAAGGGAAACUCUUUUGGACUGACAGGGGCUUUCCUCCUAAAAUUGAAAGUUCAAACUUAGAUGGUAGUAGCCGCAAGGUAGUUGUCAAAGAAGAAAUCAUUUGGCCCAAUGGUCUAGCCAUAGACUACCCUAAUGGUAGAUUAUACUGGGCUGACACAAAGAAAAGGACGAUAGAGACAGUAGACCUACAGGGGAAAGACAGACAUGUGGUUAUACAGUUUAACACUACUACUGGGACACUGGCACCAUACAUGGUUGAUGUAUUUGAGGACAAUCUGUUUGUGAGUUUCUAUCAUAACAGUACUGUGAUGAAAAUUAAGAAAUUCCAAACAAAUCCACAAAGCCAGGAAGAUGGACAUUUGUUAUUCAAGACACUACUGCCUAUAGGCGACAUCCUGAUUCUUCAACAAAACAAACAGAAAUUAAUUGACAACCACUGUAAUGUCACAGAUCUUCACUGUCCUUCAGCCAUGUGUAUUAAUAUGCCACAAGAAAGCACAAAAAAAUUCAAAUGUGUGUGUCCAGAUGGUGCUCGUUUCAUUGAUGAGAAAUGUGACUUUUCAACUUGUCAUCCUGGACAUUGUUACAAUGGUGGAAGUUGCAAUAUAUCUAACACUGGACCCAAGUGCAUCUGUCCACCGGGAUAUGAUGGAAGCAGGUGUGAUAACUAUCUAUGCAAUAACUACUGUCAAAAUGGAGGCCAGUGUAUGAUUCAUGCAGGAAAACCAAUAUGUAGAUGUCCAGAAAUGUUCACAGGGAAAACUUGUAAUGAACACAAGAAUCCAUCUCUUUGCAAGGGUUUAUGUGAAAAUGGGGGCACAUGUGUAAUAAUAAAUGGCAGGAGAACAUGCAACUGUCAAAAGGGAUUUACAGGAACAAGAUGUGAACAGUGCACUUCUCUUAUGUGUUACAAUGGUGGAACUUGUCACCAUAGCGACAGUAACUCCCUGCAGCAAACCUGUGUUAAUGGGAACUGUUAUAUAAAAAGUGCAGUUUACUGUGUUUGUCAAAGUGGAUAUGAUCCAGACUCACAAUGCUCUACUGCAUCUUGUAAGAACUAUACUUGUCUAGUAAAUCACAUCUGUAAGCUAGACAAAAAUGGUCUACCAAAAUGUGUUUGUAAAGAGGGUUACAGUGGAAAAAAUUGUGAUCCUCCUAUUGUUGGAUCUGAUUGUGGAACAGGAUGUAAAAAUGGUGGCACUUGUAAACAGAAGGACAACUCACUUGAUUAUGCAUGUUCAUGUCCUCCCCAUUAUAAAGGGACUUACUGCCAGACUGCAGAGAAUAAAUGUGCUGGCUACUGUACACACAAUGGAACAUGUCAACUAGAGAAUGAUAGUCCUAAAUGCAGUUGUAAUGAGUACUUCACAGGAUCAACGUGUGAAACUUGCCUCUGUCAAAAUAAUGGGAUAUGUAAAUCAGAUCAGAGCAAGUUCUACUGCUCUUGCCCAGGCAAUUACAGCGGGAAACUUUGUAAUACAUCUGCGUGUGGUGAUUAUUGUUUCAAUGAUGGUCAAUGUACAAAGUGUACGAAAGAUAGUUCCACAGGAAGAUACAAAUGUUCAGCUUGCAGUUGUACAAACGAAUUUGGAGGGGAGCGAUGUGAAACACAUGCUUCUGCACAGAGUCAAGCACAUACAAGUGAUAUGAAACAGAUGAUAACCAUUGUAGUUCCUGUGGUCAUUGGUGUAAUCUUAAUCUUGGUCAUCUUAUUGCUUGUCAUUUUAUACAGGAGGAGAAGGGACCAGUUCAAGCAUCAAAGAAUGCACAAUUCCAACAUGGAGAUUAACAAUCCAAUUUAUAUAGCCAGACAACCAGGAGAUGGUGAAAUAGAAGGACAGGGGUCAGAAAUUGAACCAUUAGAUAUUGAGGGCGAAGACCAUAAUACAAACUUUGCUAAUCCAAUGUAUGCAAGACUUUAUACUACAGACAGUACACAGGUGCUUUUACCAAAAGAUAGUGACAGUGAAGACACUUUAGAUCAAAAUGGUGAUCUGAACUUUUAUGGGUCAAAGGGCAAUCCAAAGAAGUCAAAUUUUUGAUAACUGUCAUAAUAAUUGUGUGUACAGAUGUAGUUCUUUCAUAUCAUUGCUCAGUUGUUAAAUCUACAAAUUGUGUUACUUCAUUAUUUUUACUUGACUGAGUGUGUAUUAAACAGCUACACAAUUUAACAAUGUCAUAUUUUUGAAAAGGUAAAAUUUGGUAGAUUUUGAUGAUGAAGUCUAAUUGUCAAGCAAUUUAGUAAUACUAUAUACACAGAUAUUCAAUAAAAAAAGCAUGUGCAUGUGUAUAUCCAUACUUGUUAAGAAAACAACUUUAUAAAAUAUCUUACAAUAUGCAUUUAUCUAUCUAUUCUAUGAACAGUUUUGGACAAAAAGGGGAUAAUAAGAUUCAAACUUUUGCCUUAACAUAUUUUUUUCGUAAAGAGUGAAAGCAAACUUUUACCUCUCCGUGCUCAAAAGCCCUUUAAUUAGAUUCUAGCUGUUGCUCAAAUGAAAAAGGCUGAUUCAGUUACCUUUACUUUUGAUUAUUCUAAACACAACUGGACCAAUGUUUAUUUUUGGAAUACAAUGGUUUUUUUUUCUUCUAUGAUGCUAUUGUAAAUAGAUAGAAUUGCUUGAAAAAGAACAUACUUUCUAUUAACACCAUUUUCAGUGCAUGUUUGUUUGUGUGUGAAAUAAAUGACAUUCAAAUAUCAAGAGCUUUAUACAUGAUGAAUUUGAUUGGUUAGUUUGAAUGUUGUACCUAAAAUGAAAUGGUAUGUAUUUGAUGCUAAUUUAGAAUAUUUGUUGAUUGAAAUUAUUAUGGUAUUUGUUUCAAAUACUAAAAAAGCACAUAAACACUUCAACAUGAAUAUUUUUGUGUUUAACAGUUUUCAGUAUUUUUGAAGAAAACAUUGUACAAUUUCGUUUUUUGCUGCUAUAUAUGAUUUUUUUGUCAAUUUAAAUUCCAGUUUUACCCAAUAUUAAGUAAAUAUUUUCAUAUUUUCACCUAAAAAAAAAACGUUUUAAGUGCUUACAUUUUGCAUUUUCUUAUGAGCUGUGUCAGAUAGAAAUCGACCUUAUGCAAAUGAAUAUCAACACAUUUUGUUAACCUAUUUGAGUUGAAAAAAUCUUGAUGCAAAGUCUGUAACUGUUUGAAAAUUGAGUUGAUAUAAGAAUACUACAAAACAGACAAACAUUCAUCUUUUAUCUCGUAUUUGAAUGUUCCAAAAUCAAUCAAAGUUUUAUACAUGUACAUGUAUAUUUGCACUUGCAAAAGGUCGAUUUCUAUCCGCCAAAGCUCGUGUAUUGUUGGGAAGGCAGUUUUAUAUAACAUAUCAUAUUAAUUGAAACGUCCAAGUUUGAUCAGUUAUCCUUUUUAAAAAGGAAAUUGAUUUAUAUACAUUCAUUCAUUAAUACAUAAAAACUUAUAUUAAUAUUCAUAUCUUUGACAUGUAAUGUUUGAAGAUAAGCUGCAUUGUAAACUCAGAGUUUCCAGAGUUUUUAACAAUUCACGAUCCACAGGGUUUUACAUCAGACAUUGUUUUUUUUUUAUGUAUGAGAGUGGUAAGUGUAUAAUUGUGAGUAUAACUGCUGACCAACAAGAUCUGGUGCUUAAUUUUGACCUCUAACCUUCAAAGGCAAGGUCAUUUCAUUGUAAUUAUAGCUAUUUUUGAGGAUUUGUGAAUAAUGAAAUGAAUUGUUAUAAUUGAUGUAUUUCCGUUUAUAUUUUAUUUAUACAUGUUGUGCUUUCAUUUUACAUAAAUAUAAUUUUUCAUUUUGGUACUGUUAUAUGAAUUGUAUUUUUUAUACUUAGUUUUUAGAAAAUUCUAGUGUAUUUAUAUGUUUUAUGUGUAUUUUUUAUACUGAGCUUUGAGAAAAUCUAGUAUAAAAUCAAAAUCAAUUAUUGUACAUACAGAUACGAAUAAUUUCCACCUAUCUUUAUUGAACAUGUUGAAAGGGUUUUUACGUAGCAAGGUUUAUUGCAGUAAUCACUACGCUUUAUAAGUAUUGUAUAUCUGCUUGAUGUCACACUAUCUUAUCUAUUAAAUGCAGAACUAAAGCCUAUCACUGGUACAUCAACUACUCUUUAUAAGUACUGUUUUACUGGUCUGUAUCUCAUAUUAUCUAUUUUAAACGGGACUAAAGCCCACUACAGGUACAUAAACGUUUUAAAAAUAUUUGUUGAUUGAUGAUUACCAAGUUCUCUAAUUCAAAUUGGAACAGAUGGCACAAGUUGAAACAGUCAUAACUUUUUAAGUAAGUUCCAUUAAGCAAUUUAUUGUGUUGAUUCUGGAAUGUUUAACAGCAUCAUUGGUUUUGCUGUUAAAACUUCUCUGAUAAGAUAAGUUUGUCUUUAUGAUUGAAGGUGCAAUCUUCAUCUUUGAUCACAAGUUUAACCAUUUAUGUUGAAUGUUAUACAAUUAUCUUGUCUAUAUGGAUCUGUCUGUUUCUUUUAUGAAUCUUUAAAGGAAUACAUUUUUUUUGGCUUUUGAUGCCUGUUCAAGUGAAGCUUUUAGUAGUUUAUAGGUUGAUCUGGUGAAGUAUAAUCUGUUAUAGAGAGAAAACUCUAAAACGUUUCAUUUGUUAUACUAUAAAUAUUAUUUAUGAUAAGAAAUUUAUGUGUUGUGAUAUAAAGGUUGUGCUUUGUUUUAACAUUCCAGUAAUUUUAGUUGUAUUAUGUGAUAUUGUUGUAUAUCAUUGUACAAAGUUAUGUUGUGGUUAUUGUGUUUAUUAAAAAAAACAUCCCUCCGUAAUCAUAUGUUAUUAAUAAUUCGCUAUAGUUAAUUUUUUUUCUGCAAACACUUUCAUCUUUUCCAAACUGUUUUAAUCAACCCAAGUUUCAAACAUUUGCUAUAUUUAAGUUUUUUUUGGCAAACACUUUCAUCUUAUUUUACAAACUGUUUUAGUCAACCCAAGUUUCAAGCAUUUGCUAUAGUUAUUUUUUUUCUGCAAACACUUUCAUCUUUUACAAACUGUUUUACUAAACCCAAGUUUCAAAUUUGAAUUAUUUUUAAAUACCUAUGUGAGUUUUGGUAUUCAGUUGAAUAUGUUAGGUGUAAGAUGAUUAAGCUUUACCUCCUUAUUUUCUAUUGCUUGUCCACAACAAACUGUGAUGAAUAAUUAUGAAAUGCCAAAUCUUAAAAAUCAAAAGCAUUAUAUUUUAUACAAGUUAUAUGAAAAUUGUUGUUUGUAAUUUUCUUUGUAUAAAAAUGGGUUCAUGAAGCCAAAUAUUUUCAAGUUUAUUUAGUGUUUAGAUUAAAAUAUUAUUUUUUGGGCACUAGAAGAACAGAUUAGUAUAUAAAAUGGCCAAGAAAGCCAUCAUUUUAGUUUAUUCUUAUGAAAAAUAUUAUUCGAAUUUAUAAGGGAAAAUGUCAAAAACUAUUUAGUAUGAGAGAUAAAAUUGUUUUUUGUUUCAUAAACACAUUUUUCAUGCAAGAACAUCUUUAAGUUCUUUAAAGUAUUGUUACCAAAGAAAAUUGAUCUUCCAUAGAGUAGAAGGUGUGAUACGGCCGUAUUUGUCCUGCUGUUCAAAUUAUAAGUACUAUUAUAGUUUACAGUAAAACUAUUUUCACAUUAAAUUUAUAUAAGAAAGAUGUUAUUUUGAUAGAUUAAGGUACACUUGAUUUUACUAACAGGAUAUUUUUACAGAGAUGAUAUACCUUUUCCAAAUUAUUUUUGAUAUAAUUCAAGUAUCUUUAGUUUUGUUACUCUCAUAUCAUUCAAAAAUUGAAAGUUUGUAUAAAGACUUAUUUCGAAGAAAUAUAAAAAAAAAAAACAUAUGAAAUGGCUGUUACAUUGUCAUUGUCAUUUUAAAACAAAAGUAAUCAUAAAUUAUCUAGGAUUAUUAAAAGAUUUCAGAUUAGGCAAAAAUAGCAAUAUCAUAUCUUCUUCUGUGUAUAAAUAUUUAUGAAUCAGGAAUUUUCAUACAAUUUGAACAUAUGUCUGUAGUUAGAAUAUAAUAGAAAGCUAAACUAUCAUUGUUGACAGUUUUAAAUGAUUAAAGUUCAUUAAUUAGCUUUUGAUAUUUAUAUGUUUUAAACUUCUCCUUAGGCACAACUUGCAAGUAUUAAACAGUUUGUAGUAAAUUAGAAAAACCUUUAAUUUUCCUCCCUGUUUGAAGACAGGUUUGACAUAAUAAGCACAUUUACUACAAAAUAUUGAAUAGAUAGUAUAAGUGUUCUAGUAACAUAUGUUUUUCCAGUUAAUUUUUCAGGUAAUUGUAUACCUAAAAAUUGACAAAUUCAGAUAAUUGAUGCUGCAAAUAUAAACUGUAACGGUCAAUGCAAUAAUAAAUGGAUCUGCCAAAAAUUGCUGGAAAAUACCAAUUUGUUUAUUCCUUUUUAUUAAGACUUAAGUAAAGACCAAACCAUAUUUAUUUUGUCAUGUUUUUUUUUUACACACACACAUUGAGGUAAUAUAUUACAUAAGUGUUAACCUAGUUUACCUUUCAAGUCCAUUGUAAUUUUUUUCAGUUCCACUUCAAGUUUAAAAAAACUUAAGUGAUGCAUCAUUUCUGUAAUUUUUAUAGAGUUUUACACACAUUAAAGUAGAACAUACAAGUUUUAUUCUAAUAUAAAGGUACAACUAAACUUAUUCAAGAAUAAAAAAGAAUUGUUCAGGUGGUCAUUUUUUUAAAAAUUUUAGCAAGUGCUAUUUAUUGAUUGGUCAGUUAUUGAAGACAACAUAUUUGAGUUGAUGCAGUUUGCUUCAAGUGAUCUUACAACUAAAGUUGAUGUUAAGUAUACUGAAUUGUUCAUGACUUACAAUCAACUUUAGUCAUACAUUUUUUGUGAAACUGAUCAAUGUUUCCUAGGCCUUAGCAAAAGCAAGCUAAUCUACUUUGAUCAAGUGGAGAAUAAAAGUUGAAUUAUAUUUUUGAUUUCAAAUAUUUGGUUUUAUACUUUAAUACAUGAUGAAGGAUAAUUCAGGAGAAUAUUAGAUGUGCAUUUUAAGCAGUGUCGUACAUUUAUAUUGUGGCAUUUGAGUAAAUUCAAGUUUGACUCUUUCUAUUGAGCUCUAAAGUACCCGAUUACACGAAUGUAUGACAAGUGGAACAAAAUUAAAAAAAAUAUCAAGAAAAAUAUCCAAGUAAUGUUUGGUUAUUUUGGUUCAAUUUUAUAGUACAGCCUAGUUGGACAAAACUCAUAAAUAUAUGUUACAAAUGGUAGUGAUAUGUCUUAUCAAGGAACUUGAGAUUCCUGAUAGGGUAGGAGUUCUUCCAAAUUUAUAAAAUAUCAGCACAUCAUUUUCCAUUCCGUCUCACAACAUAUUGUAUAUUUAUCAUAGCUACUAAGAGACAAAAAUAAAGUGAUUAUAUAUAGUAA